AUGCAUGACACAGUCUUGGCUUUGCACUACGCACAUACAUACCCUGAUGAAGUGUCAGGCCUAUGUGUCUCACCAUUCUGUGCAUUCACUAGCAAGAGUGAAAAAUCUCCAAAGGGACAAUCCCCAGGAAGCCCAGAGGUCACCCAGGAGCUGCCUGGAAGUUGUAUUUUUGAUGUUCAAGUCCGCAUGGGCAAGAAUCAAGAGUUUAAAUCGCCAGGGACUCCAGAAGGUCAUCCCAAUGAUGGUCGCAGUGUUGGGCAAUGUAAAGAUUCCCCAUGCAGCUUAAUAAAAUGCAGAAAUGGUGGGAAGUGCAUAGAAAGUGGCUCUACUGUUUACUGUGACUGUCUGAGUGGAUGGAAAGGGGCAUUUUGCACAGAGACGAUGUCGAUAUGUGAUCCGGAGCACAACCCCCCGCAUCUGUGUAAACAGGGUGGCACGUGUGUGCCCCUGCCAAAUGGCUACACAUGUCACUGUCCUCUUGGAACAACAGGCAGCUACUGUGAACAAGCCGUCUCCAUUAGCGAUCCGUCUUUCAGAAGCAGUGAGUCAUCGUGGAUGUCGUUCGCACCCUUUCACAUCCGCCGUGAGACCCACGUCAAGCUGCAGUUUCGGGCUCUUUCCGCAGACGGGAUCCUGUUCUACACGGCGCAGCGCCUCAGCUCGCGGGCAGGUGACUUUCUAUGCAUAUCCUUAGUAAAUGGAUUUAUACAAUUGCGCUACAAUCUUGGAGACAAGACAGUCAUCCUGCAGACUUCCCAGCAAGUCCAUACAGAAGGAAACACAUGGCAUACCCUCAGAGCAGGAAGGGUCGGAAACGAGGGCUACGUGGACCUGGAUGGUGACAACGUGACUCAGGAAGCUGCCGCUGGAAUGAGUGCUCUGGACACACACACAGACUUUUUUGUUGGAGGAGUGUCCUCCCUAAAUCUUGUCAACUCAAUGGCAACAGAAAAUGAGCCCACGGGAUUCAGUGGCUGCAUACGAGAAAUUCUUAUUAACGACAGAGAACUGAAACUUACUGCGAGCGACGCGAAGGACGGGGCCAACGUCGGCGACUGUGACGGAACAGCCUGCGGGUACUCAGUGUGCAAGAACAACGGGACGUGCCGGGUUGAAGACUCGGGCUUUUCUUGUUCUUGUCCACAGCAGUGGGUAGGGAACACGUGUGAACAGUCUGUCUACUGUUCACAAAACAGCUGUGGGUCUCAAGCUCUCUGUAUUCCUCAACCUCAUUUAUUUUCAUAUAUCUGUGUAUGUGCACUGGGAUGGUCGGGCAAGUACUGUGACAACAAAAUCACAUUUUUGACAGCAGAGUUUGUUGGUAACUCCUACAUCAAAUACACAGAUCCACAUUAUAAAAAGAGAGACCUCCAGCAUAGCCGUAUUUCUUUAAAUUUUACUACCAAUCAAACUGAAGGCUUGGUAUUUUGGAUGGGAAAAGGCGAAGAUGAAGACAAUGAUUUCCUUGCUCUUGGUAUUGCCAAUGGAACAUUAAAAAUUGUGGUUAAUCUUGGAGAAAGAGUCUCUGUUCCUCUGAUUUAUAGCAAGUACUCCAUUUGUUGUGGAAGAUGGCAUGCUGUUACUAUAGUUCAAAACCAAACUUGCAUUAAAGUGUAUCUAGAUGAGGAUCUAAUUCUUUUUGAGGAUAUUGAUCCACAAAGAAAAUACACUGCUCUAAACUAUGGAGGAAUUUGUUAUUUUGGUGGGUUUGAAAUUGGGAAAGAAGUAAGAAAAAAAAAAAGCAGGAAUUCAUUGGCAGAAUUAAAGACGUCGUUCUCUUCCAAGACUCUAAAAAGAUCCCGUUAA